AUGCAUCUUUGUGAACGUCAGUUGAACUUCACCAGACGGACAUGCUGUCAAUUGGUUCUACUGCUUAACGAUACAACCAGGAGUGUGAACUGUUCCCCAUUUUCUCUUCCUUCAACCUACCUAUUUUAUAACCCUCCUGUCCUUCUGAAUGAACCGUUAGAUGUUCAUGAAGACCAUGCGACGUUUCUCUUGGGUAUUGCCAUUCUCGUCCUAGUGGCACUUGGUUGUAUCUUCACUAUGAGUCGACUAAUAAAGCCAAGGUUUUCUCUAGUCAAUUCCGGAUGCAUUACCAAUUACGAUUUUAUGAUGUGGAUGCCGCCGAAGUCAAAUCAAAGGUGA